UUUGAAAAUCCAUCGAUAAUUUGAUCUAUGGAAAAAUCUGAGUGAUUUCUGGUGAUUAUUUCAUUUCAGUGUUGUGCUUUUACGUUAAUUAAGUUAUUCAUAAUAAUGUCUGCAUUAAAAAAUCAGUUAAAGGAAAAAAAUGAAGAGUAUCUAAAGAGAAUUGAUGCAGCAACUUCAAAAAUUGAUAAGCUUAUAAAUAAUAACUUAUACAAUUAUAUAAAAUACUUGGAAACAAAUGAUAACUCAUAUUUGGUAAAGGAGACUGAAAAGUUAAAAGCUAAAAAGUUAGAAGCAUUGAAGGAAAAUGUGGAGCCAAAUACCUCUGUUUUGCCACAGAAAAAAACGACCCAGAAAAAAACUGCAUCUCUAGCUGAUACUACUUAUACUACUGCUCAAAUUGUAAUUAAAAAAGAAAAGAUAUCUAACAUUUCCGCUGAUUCGUCGUCCUCGAUUGCAUCUAGUAUUCAUUCUGAAACUUCAGUGAUAAAAAAUGGUAUUGUAAAAGAUGCAAUCAGUGACAUGCCGGCUCCAUCAAAAGUACCUCCUAGAAAAAAGAAGAUCAAAGCUGAACCUCUUGAAACAACAACAAGAUCAACAAGAACAAGAACAAAGCCUAAACAAUAUUAUGAAAGUCCAGAAAAGUCGAGCAGGGGCAAACCUUCUGAUGUAAUUGUCCAAAAUACCACAGUCACAAUGAUUGACUUGUCUGAAGAUAAAGAUCCUGACACUGAGAGAAAAACUAAAGAUGACCAACAAUCAACUAGAACGACGCGCACAAAAACGAGACAAAAAAAACAUCUGGAAGUAGAGCAACCCAAGAAAGAAGUUGAAUCAAAAAUUGAAACAAAACAGAGCAAAAGAAUAAGAUCUAAGUCUAGUAGUGAAGAUGUUGUAGAGAAUGUAAAAAAAUCAAAAUCAACUUCUUCACAUGAUCAAGAAGUGAAUGAAACUGGCCAAACUGAUUAUGAAGAUGCUGUAUCUAACUUAUGCCCCGCUGAUAUUGAAAAUAUCGAUAUUCAAAAUGCCACCAUGGUUAUUAAUUCUACCAUGGUUGUUGAAAACCCUAAAAAAAAUAAAACUACAAAAGUGCAAGGCGAACCAGAAGCAAAGAAGCCAGAUUGGAAAACUCCUCCUAAAACUAAAUCAAAAAAACAGCAAAUUAAAGAAAUCUUUAGUCCAUAUGAAAAUAAAUCAUUAAAAAAGAAGGUUGAAGCUUUUGAAAAAUUUGGCAGUGCUUCUAAAGAAUCUGCUAACCCCUCCAAGAUACCACUUCUCAAAGAACAUGGUACCAGUGGUGAUCCAGGAUCAGCUCUAAAAUCCAAACCGUACACACCAUUUUCUAAUAAAUUCAUACCAAAAACUUGUAGCACAGUUGAUGUUAACAAAAAUCAUCCUAGAUCACAAAAAAAAUCGUCUCUGUAUAAUGACAGCGGUACAUCUAUGAGGUGUUUAAGUGCUCUGAAAGCCUCCCAAGCUGAGUUAAGAGAAAGAGAAAAACGCCGACAGGAGAAAGAAGCUGAAGGACAACUCAAGAAAGAUGCAUUACUUCAAGCACAAGCUGAAGAAAUUAAAAGAAAAAGGGAAGAGAAACAAUUAAAGGCCCAACAACAGCGAGAGCUUUUAGAAAAGGAAAGAGAAAAGAAUUUGGAAUUACAGAGACUGAAAGAUGAGAAACACAAACAGACAGUCACAGAAAAGGAAGAAAAGAUACAGAAGACUAAAGAAGAAGUUGAAAAGAAGAGAUUAUUGGCUAAAAAUAAAGCUAAAAUUUUAAGAGAGAAGGAGAGACUAGCUGCUCAAAAACAAGAUAACGGUUUGCCAAUUUAUAUGACAACCAAAGCUAAUUUGCUUCCUACCGAAGACUGUUAUGACUCGGAUGAUGAUGAGUACGAGUUCCACAGAAAAAACUAUACAAAACCAAAUUGGAGCCGAGAUAACGCCAUGUACAAACAACUUUACACUCAGCUAAUAGCUGGAGAAAAGAUUAAAAAUACACUAUUCUGCUGUACAAAUCACAAUGUAGAUCUGGUAGAAAUAUUCGAAAACAUAGACCCGAGAAAAUUGAAGAGAACUUCAAGUGCUCAAUGGAGAAAGCCACCAAGGUAUACCUUGUUUUCCGAAACGAGUGAAAUACAUUUCAGUGAAGAUUCAGACGACGAAAAAGAUGUUAAAGGAACUCCUAGAACAAAACGCUGAAUACAUUUAAGGAAUUUUACUUUUUAAGAUAUGUUUUGUUUGCAUUUUUACAUAUUAUCGAUUUUAUAUAUAUUUAUUGAACAUAAACUUAAAACUUUUUAAUAUUAGACUGUACACUGUAAUUAAGUUAAUAAAAAAAAAUAUUUAAAUUAAAACUCUUCCAAAAUAAUAUUUUACCAACGACAAACAACAGCCAGUGGCCACCAGACCUAUAUAGUAUGAAGGUUAAUAAUUUUAUGUGUGUGCACAUAAUAAUAAUAAUCAUCUUUAUUCAGUGUUACAUACUUUAGACGUUUACAUUCUAC